AUGGCAUCUUCGAACCUAAAACUAGACCUCGUCACCCUCGAAGAUAGUUCCGCCCUUAUAGACAUUUGGUUCGCGGCAUUUUCAGACCCUGGUUCCCGACGCUUGUUUCCUCAUACAGUUGGGGUGCGAAGCUGGCUGGAAGAUGCCAUCCGCAGGGACUUAGGAAGACCUUUCCAGCGCUUUCUCAAAGUAAUUGACGCCGGAUCGAAAGAUGCCGAUGAAAAAUCGAGAAUAGUCGCCUAUGCAAAAUGGGACCUGGCCACGCCCGAAGAACGUGGGCCCCGUUAUCCACCGUGGCACGAUGAUAUGCCUAGGGAGCUUUGCGAAGCUCUUGUCAGUAGAGGCGAGAGCAAUAGAAAGCGAGUUAUGGGUGACCAAAAACAUAUUUUCGCUACGCAUCCAGACUAUCAACGGCAAGGCGCUGCUUCCAUACUUGUUAAGUGGGGAUGUGAUCUGGCCGAUGUCGAAGGACUUAGGACGUAUGUGAGCGCCAGUAGAAAUGGUGCUUCUUUGUACGCAAAGUUUGGGUUCGUUGAUUAUAGUAAUGCUGACCAAGACACUAUUUCGAUGGCUCGGCCAUGGCGGAAUCGGACCUGA